AGUCAAAGUAAGAUGGCUGCGGGAGAGGGGAGAGCGCCCGAGAAGUCAUCAAAUGGGACGUUUGUGCGUCGCUAGCAGGAUGCCCGGCCGCCCCGCCGGAGGAGUGGUUAGCGCCGUAGCGUCCCCGGCCCGGUGUGCCGCAGCUCGCCCGCUAACUGCGCUCGCGUCGCGGGAUCUGUCCGCAGCUGCCCGUUAGCAACACCGCCGCUAGCUGGCAGCUAGCUACCGAGCGAAUCAGCGCCUCGCGACAACUGCUGAGACUCCUAAAAAUACCCAGAGAAGCGGUCCGUCUGCCCGGCGAUGGCGUGGCGUUGGCUCCAGACUGGAUGACAGGGUGUGCAGGGAGGACGGGUCGCAGGCUUUCUGAGGCAGCAGCGAGUGUUUUCUGGACGUUCUGUGACUGGCAGUGACAGCCAGCCCCCCCAGCCCCCCAAGACCCCCCCAGCCCCCUUCCUCUUUCUGGACACCCCCCCUCCCCUUGACUUUCUCUCUUCCUCCUUCCCCUACCGCGACCUUUGACCUGCCCGCCGCCGGCUCGGGGAUGAGCUGGCUGAGCAGGCUGAACCCCCGGGGCCCCGGGGGCCGGUCCGGCCGGAGCUCCGCCCCCUCCGGCCCCUGCACCGCCGACCCGGAGACCUGCCUCAUGGUGUUCGAGAACCACUGGAGACAGGUGUCCUGGGUGCUGGAGCAGCCCGAGACGACGUCCUCCAGCGAUGAUCUGACGGCCGUGAGAAACAACACCGACCAGAUGUUGUGCCUGCUGGCGGAGGAGCGGCCGGCCGAGCGCCCGGACGGCGGCGGCGGCGUCAUCAGGUCCAUGGGUCCCAUCCUGGAGCUGGUGGUCACGGAGAACAUCCUGGAGCGCCUGGUCCAGUGGCACCUGCGCCGCGGCCUGGACCCCGACAGCCAGGGGGCGCUGCUCAAGCUGUUUGAGAUGCUGAUCGGCCAGUCCCAGCAGCCCCUGCUGCAGCACACGGCCGUCCUCCACCCGCUGCUCCGCCUGCUGGCGGCCUGCGGCGACCCGGAGCUGGGCUGCCCGGCGCCGCUGGAGAACAGCCUGGUGCUGCUGCUCAACCAGGUGUGUGUGUCCAUGGCCCGGCAGCCGGUGGUCCUGGAGAUGCUGUUCCGGGCCGCCCCGGCCCAGCAGGGCUCCACCAACCUGCUGAUCUUCUCGCUGCUCGUGCCGUUCAUCCACCGGGACGGCGCCAUCGGGCAGCAGGCCCGGGACGCCCUGCUGCUGGUCAUGUCGGCCUCGGCCAGCCGCCACGCCGUGGCGCAGUACAUCUCCGAGAACUCCUACUUCUGCCCGGUUCUGGCGACGGGCCUCAGCGCUCUGUACUCGUCGCUGCCCAGGAAGAUCGAGGUUCGGGGGGACGACUGGCACGCCCUGCGGCGGGAGGACUGGAUGGGCGUGUCCUCGCUGGUGCUGUUCAUGAACUCGCUGGAGUUCUGCAACGCCGUGGUGCAGGUGGCCCACCCUCUGGUCCGCUCGCAGCUGCUGGACUACCUCCACAACGGCUUCCUGGUGCCGGUCAUGGGCCCCGCCCUGCACAAGUCGUCGGUGGACGAAAUGAUCGCCAGCACCGCCUACCUGGACCUGUUCCUGCGCAGCGUGACGGAGACGUCGCUCCUGAAGACCUUCCUGCGCUUCAUCCUGCUGCAUCGCCACGACAACGACACCAUCCUGGACACACUGCUCACCCGCAUCAGCAGCAACUCCAGGCUCUGCAUGGUGUCUCUGAGCCUCUUCAGGACUCUCCUGUCCCUGAACUGUGAAGACAUCAUGCUGCAGCUUGUUCUCAGGUACCUGCUGCCCUGCACUCACGUCAUGCUGAGUCAGCGCCGAGCCAUCAGGGAGACCGACCUGUACGGCAAGUCGGCCGACAAGUUCCUGUCGCUGAUCCCGGAGUGCUGCCGGGCCAACGCCGCCGCGCCGGCCGAGCGGGACGAGGACGCCGCCUUCUGGGGGAAAGUGAUGGGCAGUCCCAGCACCGAGCCGGCGGCGCCCAGACCCGGCACGCCGUCCCGCCUGGCCUUCUUCAUGAGGCAGCAGAGCGGCGGCGGCGGAUCGGGGGGCGGUCCCUCCACCGCCGCCGGCGUGGAGCCGCUGCAGCCGGGGGGCCCGGGGCCCCGCCCCCUGUCCCCCGACAGCCCCGUGCAGCAGCAGCAGCAGGCCGGCUCGGACUGCCUGGACUGGGACUGCGGCUACCUGGAGUACCUGAAGGACGCCCGGCGGGGCAUCGAGCGCUGCUCCUACGCCUGCCGGGAUUGGUCGGCCCCCUACGACGGAGAAAGCCCCUCCCCCGGCGCGGCCCCGCCGCCCCCGCCUCCCCCGACCGCCAACCCCUCCAUGGCCAUGUUCCCCGAGCACUUCUCCCUGCAGCCGGGCGGCGGCGGCACGCCUCCCGGCCAGCAGAGGGCGGCGGCGGCGCGGUCGGAGUGGAGCAGCUCGGAGCGCGACAGCGGCGAGUGGGACGUCACCAUCGGCAAGAACAGCUGCAUCAGCCUGACGCCGCGCUCCAAGAAGCGCAGCCUGCAGCGGGAGGAGCCGCUCCCCAAACCCGUGCCUCCGCUCGUCCCGUCCUCCCCCGCGGCCACGCCCCUCUCCGCGGCCCACCCCGCCUCCCCGCCGCCGCCCCCCCGCGCCCCCUCCUCGGCCAUCACCCUCAGCUACCAGGCCGUGUACAACGGGACGGUCGCCGGGGGCGACGGCUGCUCGGACGGCGGCGACCGAGGCCUGGAGGUCAAGAAGGUGAAGCGGGACCCGGAAGAGCGGCGCUUCCUGGACCAGAACGCCAAUCAGAACGGCUCCGUGGCGCCCUGCGCCUCCCGCGGCUGCCCCGCCUUCUUCGGCGGCGACGGGGAGUCGUUCCCCCGCAGCCAGACUCCCGCUCACGCCCCCGCCGAGACCGCCGGCUCCUCCCCCGACCCCCCGGAGUCCGGCCAGUCGGUGGAGAGCCUCAUCCAGGAGCUGCUGGAGCAGGCGCCCGGAGACCCGCCGCCGCCCGGGGACGCCAACGGGCAAGGCAUCAGCAUCGAGGCCUUCACCCAGGAGCUGAGCGAGCUGGAGGACCGGGUGAAGGAGCGCUGCAGGACGGCCUGCCCGCAGGACGCCGCCGCCGCCAGGGAGCCGCCGCCCGCCGAGCGGCAGGAGGAGGAGCCGGGGGACGACUCUGUGGGCGGAGUCUGCAGUCCGGCCAGGCCUCUGAACCAGCCGCCCUCCCAGCCCUACACCGGUCCGUUCAUGGUGGUUCUGUUUGCCAAGCUGGAGAACAUGCUCCAGAACUCGCUGUACGUCAACAUCCUGCUGACCGGCAUCGUGGCCCAGCUGGCCUGCUACCCCCAGCCGCUGCUGCGCUCCUUCCUGCUCAACACCAACAUGGUGUUCCAGCCCAGCGUCAAGUCCCUGAUCCAGGUUCUGGGUUCUGUGAAGAACCGGAUCGAGGCGUUCGCCGCCUCCCACGAGGAUUUCCCCGCCAUGCUGAGGAAAGCCCAGCAGUACCUGCUGGCCCGGAGCAAGGUGGACUGGAGCGACUCUCCGGCGGCGGCCCCCCCGCUGCGGCGCUCCGACUCGCUGGUGAAGAGCCGGAAGCCGUCCCUCGGCGAUCUGAUCCUCCGCCACACCAACAGCCCGACCCGCGCCCGGCACGCCGCCCAGCUGGCCUUCGCUCACGUCCGGGACGGCGGCCAGUCGCUGCACAGCGCCCUGUUCCGGGGCGGCGGCGGCGGCGGCGGCCUGGAGAGGCAGGCCGAGGCGCUGCGGGUGAAGAACGCCGUCUACUGCGCCGUGGUCUUCUGCGAGUUCCUGAAGGAGCUGGCCGCCCUGGCUCAAGAGCACGCCGUCUCGCUGCCCUUCCCCCACAGCCGCGCCGCCGAGGAGUGACGGUCAACGCCUCCUGUCCGGAACGCCGCACGCGUCCGGAACGCCGCUCGGAACAAAACUUUCUACCUGAACGACGAGGGGAAGCCUUCAGGACUGGAGUCUGUGCAUAUCAUGUAUUAUAUUCACAUCCUAUAUUCAGCAAGUGUGUGAACACUCGAGAGCGUGUAGAUACACACACACCGCGCUGUGGUGUGUGUGUGUAUGUGUGUGUGUGUGUGUGGCGGCGCCACAGAGAGGAGCAGUCGGCGCACGUUACUGGUGCUAGUCCAUACUUUCAUCUUUUAAUUAGAGGCAGAGCUUUCAGGCUUUCAGGUGGCAAACAAACACACACACACACCAAACACACACUCAGCUGGGAGUGCCAAUCAGACACACACACACACACGCUGGCACGUCGGCAGAUGGAACGUGGAACGCGGCGCCGCUGCUCGGCCCUUCAGUCGACCCGGACUGCCGCCGCCGGGUCGUCAGCCGGUCCAGAGGCGCCGCUCGGCGCCGCCCUCUUCCGCUUCAUCUCCCCUCUGAGGACAUGCUGCUUCGCCUCCAGGAAGAUUCGGUGGGUUAGGUUUAAGUUUGGAUCAAACCGGGUCUCUUCCUGACGGAGCUGUUCCUCGUCUCCUCGCCGUUCUGGUGGAAGCGACUCGCCGCUCGUUCCUCUGCCGGUCGGCUUCCCUGCCUCGGCUCGUCUUUGUGCCACGCCGGGUUUCUCCGCUGGCGGCAGCCGCAGUGUUCACAGCUGGCCGGCGUGUUGCUCACGAAACGCUGAGUCUUCAUUUUACUGGUUUUUAAUCUCCUGACUGUUUAUAGAUCCUGUUUUUAACAGUGACUUUUUGCUCCCAUUUAAUUGUGAAUUCCUGACGAUUCGACCUGGAAGGGACGUGAUGUCCUCCAGACUUCAUUAUGUAUAAAUAUCACAUCAGUGUGUUUAUCUUCAAAGUUAAGUCUGAAAAUGACCUUUGAACUUGUGUCACUUCAGGGUUUCAGUGGAGGAAUUAGGAACCAGUAAAAUGACCCACCUCUCUGUGAAACACUUUAUUUUUGCACAUACUGACCGUUCAGUCUCACUCACUGCCUGCCACCCUCUGAAGUCUUUUCACAUUUUCUACAUCUUCUUUUUUCACUUCCUCAAAUAAUUUGAGGCCUUUUUCAGCUCCUCUCGCCGUCGGCGGUGUAAAUGGACUUUUCUACUUAGUUUGUGGAUAACUGACUUAAGGAGCCCUGUUUCUCCAUAGAUCUGAUCCUGUAAGGAGUCUGCAUGCCGGUCCGGGCCAGCUUAUACUGACAUGAUAGUUCCAUAGUGUGUGUUUGUGCAAUAGGUUUAACGAGCUUCUGUUCAGCAGAUUAAGGUGAAUGGUGGAGGAGGGCGGGGGAGGGCGGGGGAGGGCGGAGGAGGGCAGGGGAGGGCGGGGGAGGGCGGGGGAGGGCGGGGGAGGGCGGGGGAGGGCGGAGGAGGGCGGAGUCUCACUCCCUGCCGUCCGUCUGCAGAAUCCCCCGAGCAGCGUCUCUAGCGUUGGUUUGGGUCUCGUCUGUUCAGCGUCUCGCUCCAAUCCUCAGCCGCCGAUUCCCGUCACGCCGUCAGACACGCAAACUGGAAACUGGAGGCGCCUGUUCAGGCAGCGGUGAACCGGCCCCCAGAGCGUUGAACCGGGCCCCCGGAGCGUCGAACCGGGCCCCCAGAGCGUCGAACCGACCCCCAGAGCGUCGAACCGGCCCCCAGAGCGUCGAACCGGCCCCCAGAGCGUCGAACCAGCCCCCGGAGCGUCGAACCGGGCCCCCAGAGCAUCGAACCGGCCCCCGGAGCGUCGAACUGGGCCCCCAGAGCAUCGAACCAGCCCCCGGAGCGUCGAACCGGGCCCCCAGAGCAUCGAACCGGCCCCCGGAGCGUCGAACCGACCCCCAGAGCGUCGAACCGACCCCCAGAGCGUCGAACCGGGCCCCCGGAGCGUCGAACUGGCCCCCGGAGCGUCGAACCGGCCCCCGGAGCGUCGAAUCGGGCCCCCGGAGCGUCGAACCGGCCCCCGGAGCGUCCAACCGGGCCCCCGGAGCGUCGAACCGGGCCCCCGGAGCGUCGAACCGGGCCCCCGGAGCGUCGAACCGGGCCCCCGGAGCGUCGAACCGGCCCCCGGAGCGUCGAACCGGCCCCCGGAGCGUCGAACCGACCCCCGGAGCGUCGAACCGGCCCCCGGAGCGUCGAACCGGGCCCCCGGAGCGUCGAACCGGGCCCCCGGAGCGUCGAACCGGCCCCCGGAGCGUCGAACCGGCCCCCGGAGCGUCGAACCGGGCCCCCGGAGCGUCGAACCGGGCCCCCGGAGCGUCGAACCGGCCCCCGGAGCGUCGAAUCAUCUCCCCAGAGUGUCGAAUCGGGCCCUCGGAGCGUCAGACCAAGUCCCCAGAGCGUGGAGUCGGGGCCCUCGGAGCGUGAAACCAGGCCCUCAGUCUGAGUCCUCUCUGUCCUCAGCAGGCGUUUGUCUUUCUGCCUGGACUCUGCAGAGCGCCGCUCUUCCUGGAGAGUCUCUGGAUUAAGUCUGUAACUUGAUCUUCGUCGGACGUUUUCAGGUUUUAUUCUGAAGAGUUCGGCCUCCUGAAAACGCGCCGUUUGUGUUUUCGGUUCAGGAAAGUUUUGCGUUGACACAGCAUUGCUUUGAAAGUCAUGCUGGUUUCCACGGCAACAGCUGAGAUGCUGAAAACGAGGCUUUGUCUUGAGUGAAGACACAGACCCGGGGAGAGGUGGGGAUUCAAACCUGCAACCUUUAGAUAGGAGAUUCAGCUGACGAGUUCUUCACACUCCUCGUUUCUUUUGAACAUGAUUCCCUGUAGAGCCCUGACUUUACCGUCGGGGUAGCCCCGCCCCGUAGGGGUAGCCACACCCCCUCAGGGUAGCCCCGCCUUGUCGGGGUAGCCACGCCCCCUCAGGGUAGCUCCGCCCCCACACUCUGAACUGCUCUGGUUCAGAUUGACGGCAUUCAGAAGGUGCCAGUUUUAGUUGUUAAUGUUUGAAAAGGGAAGUUCUCAGUGAGACCUGAGUUGUCCUGCGGGUCCUGGUCCCGGUCCCGGUCUGGAGACGGACCUGGUCUCUUCCUGUUUGGGGAUGUUUGAAAGUCGUGACGCUCCAGUUCAUCUCAUUGUGAGGCGCCGGCUCGACUCCCGCCUCCUGACGUUUAGCAUCUCUGAGGGGAAAACUCUUUCACAGGUUUUAAUCUGAUUACUUGCUUUAACCGAUUGACGACCUCACGUUUGACAGUCCUACAAAAUAAAAGUCAGUGGUGGAAUGACGAGGUGAGGCCGGAAGAAGCGGGAAAAUCAGAUUUCCUGUUUUCUUCGUUUAUGUUCCUUCAUGGCCAGUUUGAAGAUCCAGUUUGUGUUUUAAACACUCAGAUUAAAAAAUGGCAGCUUAAAUCUUUAUUUAUAUUGUCAGUUGAUUAUCAUUUUGAUCAGAUGUGAGGAAAUCUGAUCUCAGUUUGAAUUUUAUUCUUCAGGAUUUUAACUUGAAAGUCAUGAAAAACAACCAAAUGAAAUCGAUAAAUCUGAUACUUUUCUCAUUUUGUUUUUUAACUGGAAGUGAUGAUUAUUAUAAAUCUGUAAAAUGUUGAAACUUUUUAGUUUGUGAUGAAUGUCAAACAUUGGAAAGCAGUCCUGCACGGCCCUCUGUGGCCACUAGGUGUCAGUGUGGACUAGACUGACUUAGCAGACAGGCUAACAUGAUUUUAUUCCAUUUUAAUCUGGAUUUAAUUCAUAUUUCAAUCCAAACUCAUCCACUAUCGUCAGACAGUAAGGAAAUCAAUUGUUUCUUUUUCUUCUCAUCGUUUUGUAAAGUUGGUGAAUGAUCGGUUUUAAAAACCUCCACCGUGCAUCUCGACUUUUACUUUGAAGUGAAACCAGCAGGAACAUGCUGUUGGUCUGGAUUUGCACCUUCAACCUGCCUGCUUCGCACAAACGUUUCUUUCUCACCGGUGUUAACUGACAUUGUUUUUGGGAGGAAAUCCAAAGCUAAUGUUGUUGAUUGUGUUUUGUUCCCGUUUUGUUUUUUGACACAUUGACUUGAACGCUGCGAUCUGAUCUGAUCCGACGCUGAUUUAAUGCUCAACCUUUAUUGUUUCUGGAUACAAACAAACACACAACAAGCCAAAGUGUCCAAACAGCUGCUUCCAUCACAGAACAUACAUCAGGUGAAGGAUCCUGCUGCCACUUCCUGUUUCGGAUCGCCUCAUCGUGCCACUUCCUGUUUGUUUCGGAUCGCCUCAUCGUGCCAUGUUUCCUUAGUGCUCAUUUCACUGGUUUCAGCAGAAAGCUUUGACUCUUCGCCCGCUGUUCCCCCCGUGAUCUAUGCAAAACACGCCGUGGCGUCGCCGGUGUGAGGCUGGAGGAGGGCGGAGCCAAGUCACCUGUAAAUACUGUAAAAAACAAAAAACCCUGAAAGGAGGAGAAAGGGUCGGAGUGUGUGACACAGCCAACGGGAGGCCAGAAUCAUGUACUGAUGAAUGUCGUCAGAAAUAUUUUUCUAUAUUUUGAAAAUCAGUAGUAAAAGUGGGAGAAGCUGUCAGAACACUACAAAGGGAAUGUUUCUAUUAAUUUAUAAAGUCUUUGCCUAGCAA